UAUAAUGUUAAAAAAAGUAUAGCCUAUCACUUAAAGGCGUUAUGGUAUAACAGUUAAGCGGUAAACUCGAUAUCUAAAGGUUUAGGGUUUAAUUUAGCUGACAAAAUCUAGAAAAUGGAUUUUAUUAUUAGUACCGAAAAGUCCACCCAUAAUAGUCGUACGACGGUUACCAUCCUCACUAGUAACGAAGAUGUGAAUAACAUUAUUAAGGGUUUAUGUACUAAUGAAAAGCCUGCUCGUAAUAUCGAGGCGUAUAAUAACAGAAUCGACCCGGAUAAGUGUGUUAGGAAUAGUGGAAGGGGACUAUUCGUACAGUGCAUUCGGGUAAAGGGACAUUUCGGAGGAUGUUAUGGCAAUUACAAGUGGCGCGACCAUGUAGCUAAAUGUAACAUGUAUGCUCUAAAUGAGUUGGACAACGAUGUAAUCAUGGUCGAGGGCAAGAGAGUUACAAAGGUCGAGUAAGUAGAGGACAAGUUUAUAAUAAG